AGAUGUAUAUGUUGGAAAUUCGUCAAAAGAUAAACAAUCGGUGUGCGGCCGAAAAGCCUCCGAUUUCAUGAAUCUCUUGUGGAAAAGACACGCCGACCCUUGCUCUGAACUAUCUCUGAUCGUGUGAUACAGUUUGGGAGUGGCAUACGCAGUGGAGACUGCCGCAGAGACAGAACAAAUGGAGUGCAUUCUAUGUCCAGAUCCGGCGACUCAGACUCCUUAGUCAAGCUCUCCCUUCCGCUGUACGAGCACAAGAUGGGGCUUCGACAACAGCUCGAAGCUCUAUUGUACAAAGACUAUGUGAUUCGAAAGUUGAAACGGCACUACAUCGCCUCCUUCCUCGAGAUCCUUCUCCCCAUCUCACUCAUAGCAUUGGUUGUGUUCCUGAAAUCACAGACCGCGAGGACACAAGUCGACGUCGCUCCUCAAUGGCAGGGUCCGGAUGUCUACGAAGGGAUUGGACCAUACGGAGCGAAGGACUUAUUUUUUUAUCGAUUCAACGUGGAGCCCAAGAAAGAACAGCAACUCUUCCGAGUGCUGCAGAAAGAAUCAGCGACCAUAGUCUAUUCGCCAAAUAAUCCCUAUACAGAUGAACUGAUGCAAGCCUUCGUCAGGGAGAACGCCACAAGAGAGAUUCGGAGUUUCCCUGAUGAAAGUUCAAUGAACGAUUAUCUAGGGAUCAAUACGACGGCUGUAGAGCUAGCUAUUGUGUUCGACGACGUACAGAAAGCCGGUUUUCUGGGCUACACUUUGAGAUUCAACAGUUCUCGAUAUCAUUUUCACACGAACAAGCACUUCAAUGACCACGAUAUGCGUCCGCGGUCGAGCUCCGUCUCAUUCGAAGAAAAGCAUUUGCUGUGGCCUGUGAUGAAUAUACUGUUUGAGAAACAUCUGAGUUUCCACCAGCUAGAGAACAGAACAGGAGACAUACCGAUCUCGCCGAGAAUGAGGUUAUUCCCAACGCCAAGGUACGCGCGGGACGUGUCGUUGGCGACGGUAUCACAAUUUAUCCCCACCCUUCUUUCGGUGGGCUGUAUAUUUUUUGUCGUUUUCUUCUGCAAGCAAAUCAUCAGCGACAAGCAGAGCAGAGUUCGGGAGCUCCUCCGGAUGAUGGGUCUCUCCGACAUUGUUUAUUGGUUGAAUCUCUUCUGUGUGGGCGGAAUCACCCUGGGAAUAGUGACCUGUAUAGCAACUUUUUGCUUCAGCUACAGUUUCGACGGUGUUCGAGUCUUGACGCACUCGAGUCCUCUUGUUGUUUUUAUUGUUUUAUUCGUGUUCAGCGUGAGCGCCAUCCUGCAGAACCUGCUGAUCACGGUCCUGCUGAACUCACCUUCACUGGGAGCUAUGCUGUCGAUGCUGGCCUGGUUCAUGUCGAUGCUCGUGGCGUCGGUCUGGAUGGAUCCUGAAAACGGCAAGAGAUAUCACUUGCUGACUUCCGAUCAGAAACUGUGGUCCUCCAUGCUUCCUUGUAGCGGUCUCUACUGGUGUUUCAAACUCAUCACGUUCUGGGAAGAAGCAGCGGAAGGCGCCCAUCUGGGCAAUCUCGCCAAAAUCGCGAGAGCUGGGGACAAUGUCACCUUGCUCGGCAUCCUCUCGAUGAUGGUGGCAUCGUGGUUCGUAUACGCGUUCCUCAUCUUCUAUCUGGACGCAACGAUUCCCUGGCAGUACGGUAUGCCCCGAAGUCCAUUCUUCCUGCUGAUGAAGUCCUACUGGUUCCCCUCGUGCGCGAAGGAUCUCGAUACGGUUUCAACGAGACAUUUGAUCAAUCGAGAAUCUAGCGGCAAAGACACGGCGAUGUUCGAGAAACCGCCGCCGAAUUCAGGAGAUCCGGUUGUGGUUCUCAGGGACGUCACGCAGGUGUUCGGGCCGAAGAAAGCCGUUGAUAACCUCUCGCUCGAACUGUACCGGGACCAAAUAACCGUAAUACUCGGCCACAACGGGGCUGGAAAAACCACGACAAUGAACAUUCUAACUGGACUAUUCCCUCCAACCGCGGGGGAAAUGUUCAUCAACGGCUACAGUGUGAGGGAGAACACGAAGCGGGCCCGCCAGGGAAUCGGCCUCUGUCCGCAACACAACGUGCUGUUCGAUGAGCUCACGGUGAAUGAACAUCUGUGGUUCUUCGCUAAAAUAAAAGGAGCACCCUCAAAUGAAAUCGAGACCGAGAUCGUUCAGCUCCUGGAGAAAUUCAGCCUGACGCCGAAACGAUAUACGAUGGCAUCCGGCUUAUCCGGAGGAAUGAAGCGGAAGCUCUGCAUGGCCAAUGCCAUGGUCGGGGGCAGCAAUAUCUUGAUUCUCGAUGAACCCACCGCCGGCAUGGAUCCGCAAGCUCGACGCGGCGUGUGGACAAUCCUUCAAGAGGUGCGGAGGAGUCGGACAGUUUUGCUGACCACUCACUACAUGGAGGAGGCAGAUGUUCUUGGGGACCGUAUCGCUUUCCUGGCGGCCGGCAAGUUGAAAUGCGCGGGCUCGCCUAUGUUCUUGAAGAAAAUGUGCGAAACCGGAUAUAACAUGCGGUGCGCUAAGGUGAACCCCGAGAUGCGGCCCUCCAACCUCAUGGGAAUCAUCGACCGUUAUCUCGGCGAGAACCAAGCUUUCCUGUCCACUGAUCUCGGCUUGGAGUUCUGCGUCAAUUUAGGAUUCCCCGAAACCAGUUCGCUGAUCUCACUCUUCCGCUACAUCGAAGACAACAAAGUCCAACUCGGUAUCGCCAGUCUCGGAGUUUCAGUGACCACGAUGGAGGACGUUUUCCUCAAAGUCGGGGAGAUGGACGAAAUCGACAGUCCGAUUCAAGAACUGCAGCCGAAAGGUCUGGCUGCUCUGGAGAUAUCAGAACGCUUCCCGUCAUUCACUCGAGUCCGUGGGGCGACUCUGUGGAGGAACCAAUUUUGUGCUCUCUUGAUGAAGAGAGUCAAUGCGAUCAAGAGACAAUGGUUUAUGCCGAUCUUCAUGGUUCUACUCCCUGUUGUCCUGAUGGCAGCGUUUUGCUAUUUCACGAAGAAUAUCCUCACCCCUGAGCAAGACGAACAGGUGACUCAGUACCUCUUCAAAUCUCUGAAAGGCGCUCAGAAGAAGACGGUGGGCUUCAUUCAGAAGGGUCUCCCGCCUGUUUUCGAGUCUUACUUCAGAUCCGCUCUCGGCGAGGACGGCGUUUCCGUCAGAACAAUCGACUACAGCGAACCCAGCAUUGACGAUUAUCUUUUACGUCAAGCCAACGAAGAUUCUUCGAUAUACAAAGACAAUUGGGUUAUGGGAGCGAGUCGGCAAGAGGGCGAUCAGGGGAGCGAACUAUGGUUCAACGGCGAGCCGUACCACGUUGGAGCAGCUGCAAUCGCUCGUUGGCAGUCGGCUCUCCUCAAACAAAUCACCAACGAUUCGAGCGCAACUGUAGUUGCGAAGAACCGACCCGUGGGACCCCAGUCGGAGAAUGCGGCGAUGCUCUUCGUAUUCUUGCGCUUUGCGUCUCUAUUCCCCGUCUCGUUGGCGUCAGCCUUCCUGACUUGCUCUCUGGUGUUCUUCCCGGUACAGGAGCGCGUUUCGAAGGCUCAACUGAUUCAAAUGAUGUCUGGGGUACACCGCAUCAUCUUCUUCGGAGCGAGCUUCCUCUUCGAUCUCGUUCUGAUUCUGGUGUCUUCAAUAUUUAUGGUCAUGGUUUGCGUCUUGUUGAAUCCGGGCGGGAGCUUCACAACGAAUGCCGAAACUUGGAUUGCGUCCUGGGUCAUGUUCUUCAUCUAUGGCUUCACCAUGGUGCCCAUCGCGUACUUGUCCGCGUAUUUCUUCAAAUCUGCGGCUACGGGCUUCACCACUCUGUUGUGUUUCUCAUCGAUAUCUGGAGGGAUUUUGGUGCUCAUCAUGUCGAUCCUGGAUCUAUUCUCUUCCCUCGCGAACAACCCCUUCGGAAUGGACAGAGUCAAGAUCAACGAAGCGAUUCAUCUGCUAAAUUACGUUCCUCCCUUCGGGGUGGUGUGGGGAUUCACAAAUGUCCUACUGAAUGGAGCAUCGGAGAAUAUUUGCGCCACACUGAGUCCAACAGCCAAGGAUCAAAUGUGUCACUUGUUUCCUGAUGUCAUCAGGUCUUGUUGCCACCCCUGCAUUCUCGGAAGUGUGGAGACUUUCUGCUAUGCCUACGAAACUCCAUUCCAAUUCGACCUGCGUAUCGGCGCUGGUUUCCAAUUGUCUGCGAUGUUGAUUACGGGUGGCGUUGCCUUCGCGCUUUUGAUGGGUCUGGAAACGAACUCCCAACUGUUCAUCUACGUCCUGGAGUUCAUCAACUGGCAGAGGGUCAGAGACGUUUUUUCGUUCUCUGCUCGCGCCAAACGAGGCGGCGUCCCGAAUCUCUCGUCCGUGUCAACGGAAGAGGAUGUCGACGUGACCAUAGAGAAAGAAACCGUGGCGAAAAUCGUCGAUCGUUGUGCGAUCGGUUCCUACGCUCUCGUUGCGCACGGAUUGACGAAGUAUUACGGGGGCUUCAAAGCUGUCGACGACAUAUCGUUCGUUGUCAAUAAUCAGGAAUGUUUCGGGCUUCUCGGCGUCAAUGGCGCCGGGAAAACCACCACUUUCGGUAUGCUCACGGGCGACUUACUCAUGUCGGCCGGUAACGCUUACAUCAGGCAGAGCAACUUGCGAACUUCGGUUCGUCAGUUCCAAGGCUACAUCGGUUACUGUCCGCAAUUCGAUGCUCUUAUCGAGAGCAUGACCGGUCGGGAAAUGCUGGAGCUUUUCUGCGCGUUGCGUGGGGUACCGACUCAUCAGACGAGGGAGAUGGUUGACUUCAUGAUCGGUGUGGCCGAUCUCCAAGAACACGCCCACAAGCCCACGGGGAUGUACAGCGGCGGUAACAAGCGGAAACUUUCGAUCGCGAUCGCCAUGAUCGGUAAUCCGCAUGUGAUGUUCCUCGAUGAGCCCACGGCGGGAGUCGAUCCCGCGGCGCGGCGGAAGAUCUGGGCGACUCUGAUGCAAGCUCAGAAAGAAAUCGGUUCCGCCAUCAUCCUCACGUCGCAUUCGAUGGAAGAAUGUCAAGCCUUGUGCAAUCGUCUUUGCAUUAUGGUCAACGGAAGUUUCCGUUGCCUCGGGUCGUCGCAGCAUUUAAAGUCGAAGUUUGGGCAGGGUUUCACGGUUUUGAUAAAAUUGAAGUCGUCUGCCGACGAAGUCCAAGUCGUUCCGAUGAUAUGCGCUACCAUGGAUAAAUUGUUUCCCGGCGAGAACAAACUCAAGGACAGCCAUCAGUGCCUUCUACACUUCCAUAUCUCGGACUUGAGUCUGAGAUGGAGUGAAUUAUUCGAGAGAAUCGAAGCUCUGAAGAGACGGUUCGAUUUCGAAGACGUCGUCGUUUCCGACACAACGCUGGAACAGAUCUUCCUCGCUUUUGCCAAAGAUCAACGCGCCGCACAGACGGACGAUGGAGCUGUUUCAACGGCGAAAACAAAGUUCCUUUGACGAGGAGCUCGCAUCCGUCACUCCGAAAUCGGAUCGGCAUGAUAUAGCAAGGUUCAGAGAGCAUUCUGAACACAGUGGACUCCACGCGCACACCGGGGUCUUAUCUCCUUGAUCUGUCGCGGC